GGCUUCGUGGAUGUGUGUGGCAGCGGCCUGCUGAUCUACGGGGAGAUGCAUGAGAAGCUCUUCCAGCACCAGCGUGAAGGUGUCGCCUUCCUGUACCGCCUGCACCGGGAAGGCAGGCCUGGCGGCAUUCUGGCCGAUGACAUGGGCUUGGGGAAGACCAUCCAGGUCAUCGCCUUCCUCUCGGGCAUGUUUGAUGCUGAGCUCAUCCGACACGUCCUGCUGAUCAUGCCCACCACCCUGGUCAGCAGCUGGCUGGCUGAAUUCUCUCGCUGGACCCCCGGCUUACGCGUCAAGGAAUUCCACGGCAGCAGCAAGACGGAGCGUACCAGGAACCUGGAGAGAGUCCAGAGGAAGAACGGCAUCAUCAUCACGAGCUACCAGAUGCUCAUUAACAACUGGAAGCAGCUUGCCAGCAGCCACGAGCAGGAAUUUGUCUGGGAUUAUGUCAUUCUUGACGAAGCACAUAAAAUCAAGUGCCCCUCUAAUAAAACCACCAAGUGUGUGUAUGCGAUUCCUGCAAAGCAUCGCCUCCUCCUCACGGGCACCCCCGUGCAGAACAACCUCCGGGAAAUGUGGUCCUUGUUUGACUUUGCAUGCCAAGGCUCCCUCCUGGGAACAGCCAAAACUUUUCGGAUGGAAUAUGAGAAUCCUAUCACUAGGGCAAGGGAGAAAGAUGCCACUCUAGGCGAGAAAGCCCUGGGGCUAAAGAUAUCUGAGAAUCUAAUGGCAAUCAUAAAGCCAUAUUUCCUCAGGAGAAGCAAAGAAGAUAUCAAAAACUAUCACACUGUGAAACCCCAUGCUCCUCUUCCUGAAGAUCUGAAGGAGAACAGUGCUCCUGUCAUGCCAUCUCUCACUAGGAAAAACGACUUUGUGGUCUGGGUGUACUUGGCACCGGUGCAGGAAGAAAUCUACAGGAACUUCCUCUCUCUGGAUCACGUGAAAGAAGUGCUGAUGACAACCCGCUCGCCUUUGGCUGAGCUCACUGUCUUGAAGAAGCUGUGUGACCAUCCCAGGCUUCUGUCUGCGAGAGCAUGUACCCAGCUGGGCUUGGAAGAGCAGGAACACUCUGAGCAGGAGGAUGGGAGCGAAGCGGGCGUGACUGCGGGCGCUAAUAAAAUAGAUCAUCUCUCUGAGGAGACUGUGAUUCAGGAGUCUGGGAAAAUGCUGUUCCUUGUAGGGCUUCUAGAAAGGCUCCGAGAAGAAGGACACAGAACCUUGGUGUUCUCACAGUCCAGGAAGAUGCUGGAUAUCAUAGAGCACGUCUUGUCUCGCAGAGGCUUUAAGAUGACGCGUAUCGACGGGACGGUGACCCACCUGACGGAGCGGGAGAAGCGCAUCAACGCCUUUCAGAGCUGCCAGGACUACUCUGUCUUCCUGCUCACUACACAAGUUGGUGGCGUUGGUAUCACCUUAACAGCAGCCAGCAGAGUGGUGAUCUUUGAUCCCAGCUGGAAUCCAGCUACUGAUGCUCAGGCUGUAGACAGAGCUUAUAGGAUCGGGCAAAAAGAGAACGUGGUGAUUUACAGACUGAUUACCUGCGGGACAGUGGAAGAGAAGAUAUACAGGCGACAGGUAUUUAAGGAUUCAUUAAUCAGACAGACUACUGGUGACAAAAAGAACCCCUUUAGAUAUUUCUCCAAACAGGAACUAAGAGAGCUUUUCACAUUAGAAGAUACUCGAACAUCUGCGACUCAGAUCCAGCUGCAGUCUUUGCACGCCACCCAAAGACAAACUGACGUGCAGCUGGAUGAACACAUUGCUUAUUUACACUCUCUGGAGAUGUUUGGCAUUUCUGAUCAUGACUUGAUAUAUACCAGGGAAAUAACUCAUGAGGAGCAGGUUGAGAGUGAAGAAGCCCAUCAGUACAUUCAACGGAGGGUACAGAAAGCCCAUGAGCUCGUUCAGUUAGAGUCUCAGCUGCGAGAGCAGAGGAUGGAAGGGAUCAGAAAUGUUUGUGAAGAGAUGUGGCAAAGACCCUCAGAAUUGAUUUCCCAGCCCAAGAAGUUGUCUCCGGGGUUGAACGACGUAAACCACUUUGUUUCACCACCAGUAGCUGAUCAACAUGAACACGACCAAGUUAUUGAUCUUACAGAGGACAAGGAUGUCCAGGUUCUUAAUAUCAGCUCCAAAAUGACAAGUCUGACUAUUGAUGAAGAGAAAGUGGCACAAGAAGAUGUGUCUGGUAUGGAUAUAGAGCUGCUUGAUACCAGCAAGAUGGUGGAACAAUCCAAGAGACAAGAAUCUGAGCAAAAUCUUGAAUCAAGUAUUAUACCAUCAUCACCUGGACUUCAUCUCCUUGAUAAAGAGAAUCAGAGUCUUGAUCAGAAACAGGGUUUGUGUGUGAAGUCACAUAGCUUGAGUGAGUCAGGGGACAGCCUGUCUGGGCAUCAUCAGCGUUCCUCUAACGAGUCUGGUGUGGCUGCUGAUCCCAAAAGGUCAAGAGAUGUAGAAAUGGCAGAUCAGGGACUUGAGCCACACGCUGCCUUGGGGACAGAUAAGAAUGAAGUUCCUGAGCCACCUUUGGUUGCUGCAGUGCCAGAGUUAGUGAAUGUUACACCAGAAAUCCAUGCUGGGCUCCAAAAACCAGAAACCAGCUUGGAGAAUAUGUCUGUACCUUCUUUCCAAGAUCAAGUUGACUUCAAUCUGGUCUUGGAAGAGUCUGAAGAUGGAUAUCAAGAUGCCUCAAAUAGGAAAGGAUCACUGGGGCAGCCAAAAAAGGAGGGCUUCCAACCAGAAGUAGCAAGUUCUUCUGCAUCUCCAACAAAAACUUGGCUGAGUGAGGAUGGUAACUCUGGCAAACCCUGUCACACAGCUGAAGAAGAGUCAAAUAACUUCCUACAAGGGAGUGAAGCUUCAGAAGAAAACAGUGGUCCCAUUGCUUUUGGUAGGAGGAAGUGUUUAAACCGAAUUGUUUCAGACAGUGAGGAUGAAGACCAUUCCAUUAUGAUCUUGGAGGAAAACCAGUCUGAGAAAAGGUCCUCUCCUUUGAACAGCCCUCUGCAUCAAUUUCUAGAAGGAAUUAGGGCAUCCACCCCUAAAUGUGACAGAAACAUAGCAAAAGGCAUCUUUUCUCCCCAAUUAACUCAUAGUGGUAACAGAUCUACUGCUUCCAGGCGAUCUCUAAUCAACAAGGUGGUGGAUGAGGUUGAAGAUAUUGGAGAAAUCAUGGGAACCACCGAUGAAGAAGAGGAUGAGAGUGAUGAAGAGCAAGAUGGCCUUGUGGAAGAAGAAGCUGAAGAGUGUACUGGGGAAUCUGUUGAGCCUGAAGAAGAACCUGCUGGAGAAACACUGGAUACAGCUGAAGAAUCCUUCCAUCUAGAUGGUAUGUCCUCUGAGCAGUCUGAAGCAGAUGAGACAGAAUCAUCUCGGGAGGAAUCCACUGGUGAUGCUGAGCUUCAGUCAGGUGAGCAGAUAGACUACUUCACCCAGGAAAGCACCUCCAAAGAAGAGGUUGGUCAGAGUUCCCCUUCUGCUGGAGGUGACUACACCACCUUGGUAGACACUGGGAAGAAACUUAAGGAUGAUGGAAAACUCCAGGAGGCCUUGAACUGUUUCCUGCAAGCUCUUGACAUAAAGAGUGGAGAUCCUGAAGUUAUGCUUUUGACUUUAAACUUGUAUAGACAGUUAGCCCAGAACUGA